AUGCACUGUAGUCUCUGUUUGUCCCUGACUGUGGCUCCAGCGAACCACACGGUGAUGGAGGAGGUGAUGGAGGAGGUGAUGGAGGAGGUGAUGGAGGAGGUGAUGGAGGUGGUGAUGGAGGAGGUGACGGAGGAGGUGAUGGAGGAGGUGAUGGAGGAGGUGAUGGAGGAGGUGAUGGAGGAGGUGAUGGAGGAGGUGAUGGAGGAGGUGACGGAGGAGGUGAUGGAGGAGGUGAUGGAGGAGGUGCUGGAGGAGGUGAUGGAGGAGGUGAUGGAGGAGGUGAUGGAGGAGGUGAUGGAGGAGGUGAUGAGGAGGUGA